CCGUCAGCAAUCAGAGGGCCUUGCAAGCAGCACACACACACACAAGCAGUCCGUCGACAUCAUUUCGCGGUGAAUCCUUCGCGUAAAAAACCUGCUUCGCGUCAUAACGUAGGGGGAUGGGAAGGGGAGGGGAAGAGAUAUAUUAACUGGGUUCCUGCUUCUGAGAUUCUGGCAGUCAACCAUCCUUGGAGAUUUUCUAGGAUAUCCAUUUACGAAGUCACAAUACUACGAACCAGAACGAAUAUUUUGAAGAUACAAGCUUUGAUACCUCCAUAUCCCAUACUCUACUCCACACUCCACCUCACACCAAUCUACCAAUCCCAAAAGGACAUCACAAAACAAACUCCAAACCGCAACCAUGCCCCUCUUCUCCCGCUCCACACCCCCCCAAACAACAACCCACAACACNUCACAAAACAAACUCCAAACCGCAACCAUGCCCCUCUUCUCCCGCUCCACACCCCCCCAAACAACAACCCACAACACAGUAACUAAGCCCCUCCCCCAAACCCACCACCACCCCUCCCACCACUCCAACAGAACCACAACAACCAGCUCCCCAAAACGCUCUUCCACCCUCUUCUCCCGUCGCCGUUCACCCUCUCCCGUGCGCACCACUACCACAACCUCACACCGAAACUCGACCACCUCCUCGGGUGGCUUGAGCAACCUCCUCCAUCGGCAUGAAGACGCCUCGAUCGUCGCAGCGCGAGAGAGGGUGCUAAAUGCUGAAGCACGAGAAAAAGAUGCGGAUCGGGCGUUGAAUCAAGCAAGGAUCGCGGUUAGGGAGGCGAGGGAACAUGUUAGGAAGAUUGAGCUGGAGGCUGCGGAGGAGGCGAGGCUCGCGAGGAUUAAGCAGGAUCAGGCGAAGGAUUUGGGGAAGAGGGGGAAGAUGCUUGGUCGUAAGUUCUUUGCUCUCUUUUAUUCCUUUUUUGUGCUUUUGAAUUUGGGUUAUUGUGGAUGCUAAUUUUGGGACUAGGUCAUGAUCAUGUUGUUUAGGAGGUCGAAAUAUUGGAGUAAAGGUUUACUUCGAGAAGGGAUGUAUUAUUGGAAGGAAUCAGAAUCACGAAUUAUGAUGUUGGGACGUUGGAGUUGGGUGGUUGGUAGCGUUGGGAGUUGGAUAUUGUACUAUUAUGUUUCUGAUUUAGCAUACCAAAGCAAGGGCGCGCGGAGC